UGGCUGUUCUUGUUCUUUAAGGACUUGGUGUUUUCUUUCUCCUGUGAGUAAGAACUCGACAACAGAGUGGGAACUUUCUGUCCUAUGAUCGAUUACCUGUGCACAGGAAGGCAGCGGCGGGAGCACUGAGGACACUUGACCGUGCAGUCACGACAGGGCGGCAGGACUGCUGCUGCCUCUGCCCAGGAUGGCUGGCACUGUGCUCGGAGUGGGUGCAGGCGUGUUCAUCCUAGCCCUGCUCUGGGUGUCGGUGCUGCUGCUGUGUGUGCUGUUAUCCAGAGCCUCCAGGAUGGCUAGGUUCUCUGUCAUUUUCAUACUCCUCGGUGCUCUGAUCAUCACAUCAGUUCUAUUGCUUUUCCCCCGAGCUAGUGAAUUCCCAGCCCCAGAGGUCGAAGUUAAGAUUGUGGAUGCCUUUUUCAUUGGCCGCUAUGUCCUGCUGGCUUUCCUCAGUGCUGUCUUCCUUGGAGGCCUCUUCUUGGUUCUAACUCAUCAUGUCCUGCAGCCAAUCUAUGCCAAACCACUGCGGUCCUACUGAGUGCUAUAUGGGAAAACCAAGACCUUGCUCUCCUCUACUUCGAUGUGAUGGCAUUGAUGAACAGAAAGGCACCAUUUGGAGCCUUGUUUUGACAGCCCUUGUAUAUUAAGAUCAAAGGACUAUCCAUCCAUCAGUAAGAUAAAUCUCUUAUGUCCUGGCUUCCAGAAACAGGGUUGCAAAAUUUUCCCUGUGGGGAUAGAUUCUCACCAGCUUAUGAGAGAUUUUGCAGUCUUCUUAGUACUUGUAC